AUGAAAUUCUUUACUCCAGAACUCCCCAGUAAUACAGUUUGUGCUAACCAGGCCACAGCCGGAGAGGAACCAGAGGAACGUGCAGAAGACCAGCCUGAAGAGAUCCACUACGGUGACAUAGACUUCUCCAAACUACUACGACCAAAGACCACCCCAGCUGCAGCCCAGGACAGGGUCAGGGACAGGAGAGUGAGUGUUUUGGCCUGUUUUGGUCAACGAGAUUUGAACACCACAAUGCCAGAUAGACUGGAUGUACUGACUGGCUCCUGUAUGCAAAUCCCAUGUUCAUUUGAUAUUCCUGACCAAAAUAAGUAUACAUUUAACAGCACAAUACCAACCUCUGGAGUGUGGAUUAAAGAAAACCCAUACUUUGGUGGGCGUCCGGACAGUGUGAUAUUUAACAGUAGUAAGAUAGUCAACAUAUAUCAAGGGAAGAUAACUGGAAAGAUGUCCCAGAAGAACUGCACCACAGUCUUCUUCAAUGUAACCACCAGUUACACUAAUAGAUACUUCUUCAGGAUUGAGAGUCAACCAUUCCGUGCAACAGAUCCUGAUAAGUCUGUUGAUAUAGUUGUCAGAGAUUUGCCUUCCAGUCCCAUCCUUACUGUCUCAGGUGAGGUGAAGGAAGGGACCUCUGUCAGUUUUAACUGCUCUGCUGUCGCUCCCUGUCCUGAACACCCCCCUGAGCUGACAUGGACUCUCCCAACACAGUUCACAACUGAGAAUCAACUGCAGGAGAAUCCAGACCAAACCAAAUCAGUUCUCUCCACGGUGACCUUCACUCCAUCAUACCUUCAUCGUGAGAAGAACAUCACUUGUACUGCAGUCUACCCAGUAGGGGCAAGCAACAAGACAGCUGAACAUAACAUGAUGCUUAAUGUUUCAUUCUCUCCUAAGGACACCUCGGCCUCCAUCAGUCCAGCUGAUCCAGUAUCAGUGGGCAGCUGUGUUAAUCUGACCUGCAGCAGUACAGCCAACCCUCCUGUGACAACCUUCACCUGGUUCAAGAUCAGUGGGGGUAAUUUAACACAGGUAGCAUCUGGACUGAGUUACACCCUCAAUGUGACUAUUGGUGAUGGAGGACUGUACUUCUGUGAAGCAAGAAAUAGUCACGGCUGUGGCAAGUCAAAGGAAGUGCAGCUGGCUAUUAAAGGUAAAACGGGAACGUAG